AGAGCUUUGAUGAUAAUUGUUGUCUAUUCAGAUUCCAUUUCGGGGGUUUGGUUCAAUCUCACAUGCCUGUCGUACUUUACACGUGUAUCUUUGUAAAGUCACUACCGAGUGACUUUAUCACAGUUUAGUACACUUUAAACCCUUUAGACAUUUAGCGCGUUAGUUUUCCAGCUAAGCUAACAACAACUGACAGGUGACGCUAGCAGGCUAGGCUAACGGCUAGCGGAUGGUCAGCUGAAGUUUGCUGGUUGUGUUACUGGUGUCUGUUUUUAAAACGUGUCGUUAUGUCUUUGAGCGCCGUUCACGGGACUCUGUCAAGCCUGAAGACAUGUCAGGCAGACGUCGGGACAGCAAUGGACAUAGUGACAGAUGUAGCGAUGGACCUGGCUGAGGCUCAGGAUGAAGAGAUGAAUAGUGGCAUCAAAGAAAUGGAGGCUAUGAUUCUGGACUGUGCUCGGCUCGACAGAGAAAUCAACUGCUUUAUUGAUGUGGUGCAACAAGUUACAGCUGAGGUUGCCUCACAGCAGCCAGAGGCCAUGAUUGGCCUGUCUGCUAAAGUGAGUGAGAAGUUCACAGAGAGAACAGCCAGACUCUCUGAUGCUGAUCUGCACCGCCACCAGAAAGUAUUAGCCUUCAAUGACAGCAUCAAGAAUUCUCUCAACACAGCCAACCAAGAGUCGGCUGAUAACAUGGAGGAGCUUGAUGAGGACAUUGCUGUUACACAGAGCCAAGUCAACUUCACCUGUCCACUCACACAGGUGGAAAUGGAGAACCCAAUGAAGAAUAAGAAUUGUAACCACCAUUAUGAUGAAGCUGCUAUACUGGGCCUGAUCAGAACAAGAAACAACCAGAAAAAGAAAUGCCGCUGUCCUGUGGUGGGCUGUGGAAACACUGAUGUGAAAGCAACAGACCUCAUUCCUGACCAGAGUCUGAGGAGAAAGAUUCAAAGCCAGAAGAGAAACAGCAACCGGACGUAGUGCUCUAAGCAGCUGGGUAUUUUAUUGUAAGACCCAUUCCCCUAUACAGUUCUAUAGUUAGAAUAGUAAUGGAUUUUCGCUAUAUAUGUUGUUUUUUCCCUUCUUUACUGAGUAGUGAACCUGAACUUGUGAAAAAAGUUUAUUUUGUGUAUUGUACUUGUUUUGUUAUUUUGUACUUUAGUCUUCUUGUAAAUAAAAGCUUCAAACGUUA